AUGUGGAAAAAGAUUCUACGUCUUAUCUCGUCUCUUUUAACCAAUCGAUGGCUCUACAUAAGCCUUAUAGUCGCCAUCUUUGAGCAGGCAAUCAUUUACUUUACUGGUCUGAUUCCAUCAAAGAUGAUAACUGCGUUGACAGGCAAAAACCAGUCAGAUUUCCAGUUUUGGCUCCUUGUUGGAUUAGUCGGAUUCACUCUGAACUCGUUAAUACGAUCUGCUAAAGCAUACUUCGCCAAUCUAACCUACAUAAAACUACGCUCCGAUUUAACUACUACAGGGUUAGAAUCCUACUUCCUCAAGAAUAACUUCUAUCACUUGUGUGAAUCUUCAAUUGAUAAUGCUGAUCAGCGACUAACAAUGGACAUCGACAAGUUCGCUCGCCAAACGAUCGACCUCAUUAAUGUAGUCACAAUUUUGCCUUUUACCAUUGCAUGGUACAUGUACAAAUGUGUCGUUGUUGCUUCAUGGAUUGGCACUCUGGCCAGCGUGCUCUUUUUUAUCUUUGGUGCUGUUAGCCACUCUUUGAUCCUUCCCAAAGUAAUCUUUUGGGCUAAGAAAAUCGAAGAACACGAGGGCGAUUAUCGUUGGAGUCACGCUAAAAUACGAUCUAAUGGGGAGGCCAUUUGCAUGUACGAAGGCGAAAACACUGAGAAGUCACUCCUUGCUUCGCUCGGAAACGUGUUAUUUCAAACCCAGCGUUCCCAUGCAGUACGCGGCUUUUUCUUGGAAUGGUCAAUUCAAUUUUUUGAUCUCACUGGUGGUCUUGUUCCUUACAUGUGCCUUGGUCCUCUUGUCUUCGGAGGAAAAUAUUCAGACCUACCAGCGGAUGAGCUCUCUGGGAUAAUCUCUAUGAACAGCUUUCAAAUUAUCAUGCUCAUUUAUCAAUUUACGCAGCUCUUAGAUCAAAUGAAAAAGAUAUCGGACAUUAUUGCCUGUGGAGAACGAAUAUCUGAUCUUUUGGAGUUUUGCAAGAACUCGCCAGAGCUCGAGAACAAGUCAUUUACUACAUCCCGAAUGAGCAGCAAUCGUGAUGAUCAAAAAGACUUAAAAAUCGAAGCAGGGAAUAUAUUGGAAUUAUCAAACCUCGAUGUGAGAUUCAAAUCGAAACCGCUUAUCUCCAAUAUUACGAUUUCGCUGAUGAACAACGAAAACCUCAUGAUCACUGGGCCAAACGGCAGUGGAAAGUCGAGUAUAUUUCGAUCGCUGAAGGGACUUUGGCGAAAAAAUCUUAACGCCAGAAUACGUCUUUUGGACGACUCAAUGUUUAUUUCUCAAUAUCCUUACGUAACAGAUGGCUGCCUUUUAUUUCAAAUCACUUAUCCUCAACGAGAUUUGACCGUCGAUGCAAGAAAACGAGCCGUGAAUGCUCUGAAAUUUGUCGGUCUCGGUUCUCUUCAGUUGCAGAUUGACGAUGAUAGAAACUGGAGCCAAUGUCUCUCUUUUGGAGAACAGCAAAAGAUAGCUCUAGCAAGAGUUUUCUUUCGAAAACCCCGUCUUGUUUUCCUGGAUGAGUCCACUUCGGGUAUCCCAGAAGAAGAAGAAACAGAAAUCUACAAAGAACUCGUAAAACAAGACGUCACAUUCGUCUCUAUCGUUCAUCGAUCGAAUCUUGCCAAAUUUCACACAAACGUUAUUGCGAUCUCCCAGCCGAGCGGACUGCAAAGAAACGAAACGCUUUUGCCGGAAUACCUAGAAUCAUGCAGCAUCACACAACGGCAUAUGGUUGGAAAGUGGCACGUGGGGCACGGAUAUUCUUGGAUGACUCCAUGGAGACGUGGGUUUCAAACAUUCUCUGGGUAUUUGGCAGGUGCGGAGGAUCAUUACACUAGAGAAUGGUGCAUGGAGGGGACAGAUUGGUGUGGUGUGGAUUACGCAGAGCAUAACCAUGGUUUUACUGGACCAGCCAACUCUACUUGGGGAGAGUACAGUGGGGACUUGUAUCUUCGAAAAAUGCGUCAAGUUGUUCAGUCCAUUGAUCCAACUCAGGAUUCGUUCGUCUAUUUCGCCCCUCAGCAUGUCCACUAUCCAUUGCAAGCACUAGAAAGACACCUUCUCAAGUACAGCUGGAUUGUCGAUGAAAACAGAAGAAAGUAUGCAGCUAUGGUUGCUUCUUUGGAUGAAAUGAUCGGAGACGUUGUUGAGCUUUAUCGGAAUAGAGGACUUUUGGAUAAAACAAUUGGUUUCUUUGUUGCUGACAACGGAGGUGAAACAAGAGACGGGGGAAAUAACUGGCCCUAUUCUGGGCAAAAAUGGACACUUCUCGAAGGUGGUGUUAAAACUACCGGAUUCAUGUUUGGCGGACUUGUUCCUCAUGGUAAAUAUAACGGAUUCUUCCAUGUAUCGGAUAUUCUCCCGACGAUUUUGAACGCCUUCAAAUGUCCAAUAAGCAAGAACAUUGAUGGAGUCGCGCAAUGGAACGCUAUCAAAAAUUCGGAUGCAUUUCCACGAUCGGAAAUUCUUCAUAACAUCGACCCAACAAAAGUGAAUGAUGUUUCAAGAGAUAAUCGAAAGUGGAAUUCCAAUUGGGAUGUCCGAGUACAAGCUGCUAUCCGAAAGGGGCCCUGGAAACUUAUAACCGGUGAUCCUGGAUUUACGUCCGAUGCCGUUCCUGAGUACCCUGUGCCCCCACCAGAGUGGAAUCAGCAAAUUUACCAACGAAAUAGAAUUCUUUGGUCUGUGAGUCAAAUCACCGGGCAAUCUGCAGACCGUUUUGAAAAUCACCGAGACAAACUCGUGAGGCUCUUUAACAUCGAUGAGGACCCAUAUGAAAGCAGAGACAUCAGGAACGUCAACCAAAGAUUUAUCUAG